GAUCGAUUCGAGAAGGAAUGUGUUUUCGAAAUUUUCACCACGUUCGGUGACAGUCGUGAAUCUUCUUUUGCAUCGAACGGACGUUCCACGUCCCAAAAACCAAACUCUCGAUCGAACCGUUUCGGGCUCUAUACAUAUAUAUAGAUAUUGAUUUAGAAACUCGGACGGAUAUCAAUAUUUUCGGUUAGUUUUAUUUACGAGUUUUAUCCUUCCAAACCGACGAACCGAAACCCGAAAGAGGCCGUGCGCAAACGAAUCGAAAUGGGUGAAACCGAGAACGGAGACAUCGAGCCGAGGGCCUCGGAGGAGCCGGAGGCGGGGCCGUCGCAGGACACGCUGCAGGUGCCGACGCAAAAGAAGCGCAAGCUCAAGUCCCCCACUCCUGGCAGCCUGCGCGGCCGCAGCGCCACGCCCAUCCACGGCAGGAGCCAGACGCCCUUCACCCUCUACAUGACGCGCCGCAGUGCCACGCCCUCGACGUGGCGCAGCAUCACGCCCUUCCUGAAGCGCGAGGAGAAGGAGAAGACGCCCUUCGAGCUGGGCCGGGACAUCAAGAGCCAGACCACCUGCAACAUCGCCGUCUUCGACCGCGCCCUCGUCAUGGAUAUCUCCGAGCCGUUGGACGUGCAGAAGCCCGUGCGUUACAUAACCUCCGAUCUGUCGGUGAUCGAUCGCGCCGCCGUAAUGGACGUGUCCAACGUUGAGGUUAUCUACGUGGUCGAGGAGUACGAGGAGGUCGAGGAGGAGGAGAUCAUCGAGGAGGUCAAGCCGAAGAAGAAGGAGAAGAAGGCCCGCAAGCCUCGCGCCCAGCGCAAGUCCAUCGACAAGGACAUGAGUCCUUUGGCCGGCGAGGAGGGCGAGGACCUGGGCGACUUCGGCGGCGAGGAUCGCGAGGACAGCGUCGACCUCGACGAAGAUGAGCCCGUGAAGAAGGGCAAGAAGAAGGCGCCGCCCAAGAAGAAGGAGAAGAAGGAGAAGUCGCCCAGUCCGAAAUUGACCUUGAAACUGGAGAUGGGCGGCGGCCAGAAGGGCACCAAGAAGAUGUUCGAACAGCAGCAGCAGCAGGCCAAGCCGCCGCCGAAGAAGAGCAAGAUGGUGCUUCAGAUGGAGGAGCAGGCCAAGGCGGCGGCCAAGGCCGCCGAGGAGGCGGCUGCCCGGGCGAAGCCCAAGGGCGAGACCUACGAGGAGCGCCAGAAGCGCCUGCAGGCGGAGAAGGAGGAACAGGAGGAGCAGGAGCGCCUGGAGGCCGAGCAGCGGGCCCUGGAGGAGGCCGAGGCCGAGGCGGAGGAGGACGAGGAGGAUCCAUCCGCCGUGGGCGAGGAGGGUGAAGAGGGCACCGAAGCCGGCUACGGGGAUGAGGAUCAGGACUAUGCCGGCGAGGAUGACGAGCAGCGCGAGGCCGAGGAGGAGGACGACGAGCUGCCGGCGCCGAAGAAGGAGAAGCGCCGCGGCAGCGACUCCUCCGACGACUUCGUGCGCCCCGAUCCCCACGAGGAGGAGCGCUGGCAGCGCAUCGCCGCCACCGAGGGCGAGGAGUUCAUGCAGCAGAUGCGAAAGUACAGCCAGGCGAAGAGGAUCAGCGAGAAGGAGCGCGAUGCCGACUGGCAGCGUCGCCGGGAGCAGGCCCGCAACCCCAAGUUUAUUAACUUCCUGUCCGACCGCGCCGUGGAGGCCGGGCAGAGUGUGCGCCUGGCCUGCGCCGUCGACGGGCCGGAGCUGUCGGUCAAGUGGUACCACAACCGCAAGCAGCUGGAGCGCGACGGCUGCCACCGCAUCAUCAACAACAACAACAUCCUGGUGCUGGAGGUGCUCAACACCACCAUCCUGGACUCCGGCGAGUACUCCUGCGUGAUCGCGAACCAGAACGACGAGACCUCCUCGUCGUGCAUCGUCACCAUUUACGAGAUAUUCAAGGACGAACCCAAACCCCCCAUUCAGUACAUCAAAGAGUACUACCACAUGCGCGACGACGAGCUGACCAUCGAGUGCCACGUCCACGGGUAUCCGCGCCCGGUGAUCACCUGGUGGCGCGGCUGCUUCCAGGUGAAGCCCAGCUACAAGUUCACCAUGCUGGAGGAGGCGCACGGCGUGUGCAAGCUGCUCAUCUACAAGCCGGGCAACAAGGACAGCGGCAUCUACACCCUGAAGGCCAUCAACUCCAGCGGGGAGGUGCAGAUCAACCACACGGUCGAGGUGGCCAGGAACCUUCACUACCACGUGCCCGGCAUCUUCCACGCCCGCGACAAGAUCCAGCUGGACAGCUUGAAGCAGGCCAAGAAGGCCAUGGAGGAGGCCCUCCGCUCGAAGGCGGACUCCGACCAGAGGCGGGCCGAGGCCGAGGAGGAGCAGGCGCGUCUGCACCCGGUGCGGGCCACUCCGGAGAAGCUGGUGCCCGCCAAACAGAAGCUCUCCUUCGCCACCCAGCUGCGCGAUCGCAUGGCGCUCGAGGGGUCGACCAUCAAGUUCGUGGCCACCGUGAUCGGACCCGAGCCCAACACCCGCUGGAUGAAGGACGACAAGUGGGUGGUGGUCGGUGGCAACAUCAAGAACCUCUCCGAGGAGGGCAAGGCCAUCCUCGAGGUGAGCAACGUGACGGCGAACGACUCCGGCGUCUACAAGUGCGUGGCCAAGAACGACCUCAGCGAGAUCGAGACCUCCUGCUACUUCAAGGUGUACGCCGCCCAGGCGGAUGGCGAUGAGUCGGAGCCCAUCUUCGCCCUGCCCCUGCGAGAUGUGUACCAUGCCUCGCAGAACGAUCUGAUUCUCGACACGAAGGUGCGCGGCAACCCCCGCCCGGAGAUCUCGUGGACCAAGGACCAGAUACCCGUGGUGCUAGACGAUCGGGUGGUGCAGAUCGAGCACUUGGACGGCAUCUGCGAGCUGAUCAUCAACAAGCCGACGACCAAUGACAACGGCGUCUACGUCUGCACCGCCAAGAGCAAGCUGGGCAGUCAGUCGACCACCCACACGGUUGUCGUCGACACCACCCACACGUCGCGCCGGUCAAGCAUCCUGUCCGCCAUCGCCAUGCAGGAAGGAGGUGGCGAGCCCGCCGAGGGCGGCAAGGCCAAGGGCAAGAAGAAGAAGAAGGACGACGAGGAGGGCGCCGGAGGCGAAGGCGGCUACGAGCGACGCAGCCGGAUGCCGGAUCCUUCGCCCAAGCAGAUGCUCUACUUCACGGUCAACCUGUCCAACCGCUACGUGGCCGAGGGCUCCAAGGUCAAGCUGCAGGCGGUGGUCGGCGGCCCCCAGCCGAUGAUCAAGUGGCUGAAGGACGACCAGAACGUCACCUACGGCCCCAACAUCCGCAACAUGAACAGGGACAGCCUGGCGGUGCUGGAGUUCACCAACGCCAAGGCCGAGGACUCGGGCACCUACUCCAUCGUGGCCCAGAACGAGUCGUGCAAGAUCACCACCUCGGCCAUGCUGCACGUCUACCAGCCGAAGGUCAACACGGAUGUGCAGCCCGUCUUCAUUCGCUCGCUGAAAGAAACCUACCACCUGAACACCAACGAGCUGAUCCUGGAGACGGCGGUGCGCGGCCAGCCCACGCCCGAGGUGCAGUGGUUCAAGGACAGCAUCGAGAUCCAGAGCGGCGGUCGCUACCAGCUGAUCGAGCACCAGGACGGCACCUGCGAGCUCAUCAUCGACCGGCCGGACAACAAGGACUCCGGCAAGUAUGUGCUCAAGGCAGAGAGCCGGGCCGGCAAGAUGGAGAUCUCGCACUACGUGCUCUUCGAGGGUCAGGCCCACCACAUUGCGGACAACAUCCACGGCGUGUUCCAUGCCGACAAGAGCCUUCUGCGCCCCAAGGAGGUGGAGAAGCCGGUGGAGAAGAAGCCGGCGGCUGCAGAGCCCGAUUCCGAGGCAGAGGAGGGCAAGACCAAGAAGCGCGGUCGCAAGGAGGAGGACGAAGCAGCCUCCUCGGCCUACGCGUCCGACUACGCCUCGGAUACGGCCAGCUUGUCCAGCAAACGCAGGGAGAAGAACAUCGCCAUCCACUUCAGCACUUCGAUGAGGGACCGCGUGGUGGCCGAGGGAUCCAAGGUGAAGAUCUCCUGCUUCCUGGAGGCCAAGGAGCCGCAGGUCAAGUGGUUCAAGGACGGCGAGCAGAUCCAGAACUCGCCGAAGCUGAGGGGCAGGUACAGCGAAGGCCUCUGCCUGCUGGAGAUCAUGAGCGCCACGGCCGAGGAUAAUGGCGAGUACAAGUGCUGGGGUCGCGAUGAGACGGGCGAGGCCUCCACCUCGUGCCGCCUGGAGGUGUACGAGGAUCCGGGCACGGGCGAUGUGCCACCCACGUUCACGCGCAACAUCAAGGACACGAUGCACGGCAAGAUCAACGAGCUGCAGCUGGACGUCCAUGUGCGCGGUCUGCCCACUCCGUCGGUCACGUGGGUGAAGGACGGCGUGAAGAUCGAGAACAGCGACAAGUACCAGCAGGUGGACCACGACGACGGCACCUGCGAGCUGUUCAUCAGCCAUCCCAAGGCCUCGGACUCCGGCAAGUACGUCUGCCAGGCGGAGAAUCGCGAGGGCAAGACGGAGAUCGUCCACAUGAUCACGGUGGAGCCACGUGUGAGGGCACCUCGCAUCUCGCCCCCGAGGGAGGGCCGACCUCCGCGUCCGGCCGGCGAUGAGGAGGCCGCUCCAGCUGGGGAAGAAGAAGCAGCCGAGGGAGCCGAAGGAGCAGCCGAGGGCGGCGAGAGGCGCCGCAGGAAGCCCAAGCCGGACGAGGAGGAGCAGGGCAGCUCCCGGCGCGAAGUGCCACCUCCGCCGGAUCUAAGGAAGCGCCUCUACUUCAGGAACUUCCUGUCCAACCGAACCGUCAAGUCGGGCAGCAACGUCAAGUGGAUGGUGAACAUCGACGGACCCGAGCCGACGGCCAAGUGGUUCUUCGGUGAGACGCCGAUUGCCUUCGGCCCGAGGAGCAAGAUGUCCAUGCAGGACGGCAUCGCCUGGUUGAACCUCGUCGGGGUCACCGAGGAGGAUGCGGGAGAGUACACUCUGCGGGUCAGGGGCAGUGAAAACGAAAUCGUGAGCACUUGCAAUUUGUUUGUGUACAGCCUGGGCAAACCGGAGGUUAUUUCGCCCACCUUUGUAGUGGGCAUCAAAGACACAUAUUCUCUCAACGAGAAUGAGUUGGUUCUGGAUUGCCGCGUACGUGGCCAGCCUCGUCCUGAGAUCCAGUGGAUAAAGGGCACCGAGCCCCUGGAGAAUGGAGAGAAGUUCAAGCUGAGCGACCAGGCGGAUGGCUAUGCCAAGUUGGUCAUCGUGAAUCCGACGGAGAAGGACUCGGGCGUCUACUGGUGUGUGGCCCGCAACGAGGGAGCCGAGAACAAGAUCUCCCAUCAGGUGGACUUCAAGGGUCGCCAGCACUACUCGCUGGAGAAGACGCACGGAUUCUUCCACCGCGAUCCCAACAAGCCGCACUUCCUGCUGCCACUGGGCAACCAGACGGUCUGCAACGGAGGCACCGUGGCCAUUUCGGCGGAGUUCAUGCAGACGAGCACACCGAUCGAGGUCAAAUGGUUGCGCGGUCGCCAGGUGGUGGACGGACCCACUGUCAAGGCCCUGGCCGACCGCGGUGUCUACACGCUGACCAUCAUGAAUGCCGGCCCCGAGACCGAGGGCACCUACACCUGCCGGGCCUCCAAUGCAUUCGGUCGCAUCGAGUCCCACGUCAACAUCGAUGUCGCCGUUGGUGCUGAGAAGGACGAGCGUCCUCCGUUGUUCCUGUCGCGACCGGACACCGAAAUGAAGAUCGCCGUGGGUGAUCCCUUCUCGCUGUCCUUCCGCAUUGCCGGCGAUCCAAAACCAAAGCUCACCUUCAUGAAGGGCACGAAGGACAUCACCCAGUCGGAUCGGGUCAGCAAAGAGGUGUCCGACGACUACACAAGAUUCUCAGUGCAGCAGGCCCAGAUCUCCGAUUCUGGCACCUACUUCGUGGUGGCCCGCAACAACUUCGGCACCGACAGGAUAUUCGUCACCGUGACGGUAAACCCGCGCGCUCGCUCCGCCACGCCAACGCAAACACGCUGGGGCCUUCCCCUGGAAAGUUACAGCGACACUUCGUACUUCAGAGAUCCACCGGGUUGCAUUUCCACCGAGCCACUGGUCGUUGAUUCCGGACCCACCCACAUCUCGCUUUCGUGGGGCAAGCCGGUUAGUGCCAACUCGGCACCGGUGAUGGCGUACAAGGUGGAGGCCUGGGUUGUGGGUCACGAGGGCGGAGCCUACUGGCGGGAGUUGGGCCUGACGCCCAUCAAUUCCUUUGAUGCCUUCAACCUGAAGCCCAAUGUGGAGUACCACUUCCGGGUGACCCCCAAGAACCGAUACGGUUGGGGUCCCACCGUUCAGACCAGUUCACCUCUUCAAGUGGGCGGAGUGGAGUGCCUGCCGGAGUUCGUCAAGAUCCUGCCGGGACAGGCGAAGGCUCUGCUGGGCUCCUCCUUCACGCUGCAGUGCAACAUGCGCGGAGCUCCCAGGCCGCAGGUCACCUGGUUCAAGGACGGCAUUCAGCUGAGCAGCAGUUCGGAGCGCGUCAAGAUCCGCCAGAUCGGUUCCACCUGCGCUCUGACCAUCGCCACUGUCAGCGAAUUGGACUCGGGUCGCUAUACCUGCGAGGCCACCAACUCCAAGGGCAGAGUCUCCACCUUUGCCCGCCUCCAAGUUGUCUCGGAUUCGCGGAUUUACGAGGCGGAUUCGCGUUUGAAGGAGAUUGCCCAUGGGCGCAAUGUGGCUGAUGUUGGUGAUUCCCUGCCCAUCUUCACCAUGCGUCUGAGGGAUCGCCGCGUCCAGGUGACCUAUCCAGUGCGUCUGACCUGCCAGAUUGUGGGCUAUCCCAUGCCAGAGAUCCAAUGGUUCAAGGACGAUCAGUUGAUUCAAACGGAUAGGAAGCAUCUCAUCAGCGCCGAGGGACAGUUCUUUACGCUGGAAAUCGCAGCCACCACGCUGGACGACAGUGGAACCUACACCUGCCUGGCCAAGAACGAACUGGGAUCCGUGUCCUGUCACUGCACCCUGGUGGUGGACAAGGGCAUCAGGGCCUACAUCUCCCCAGAUUUCUACGUUCCCCUGGAUCCCUUCUACAUAUUCCGGGAGGGCUCCGAAAUCCGUCUGUCCACGAAGGUGGAAGCCUAUCCAGCCGUGGGUGUCACCUGGCACAGGAAUGGCAUGCGUCUGCGUCCCAGUCGAAGGCUGACCGCCACCUUGGACUCGAAUGGCUUUGUGGAGCUAAUCAUUGCCGAUGCUACGGUUCGGGAUGCCGGCAUUUAUGUGUGCGUGGCCUCCAAUGUGGUGGGAAAAGUGGAGACAAUCUGCCGGGUCGCCAUCGAGGAGGAGGAGAACAAAUCUGUGACGCCGCAGCGACCCCUGGAAAUUCCCACCAUCAAGACUGACGAUCUGCCUUAUUCCAAGGAGCCCCUAUUUGUGGUGAAGCCGCGUUCCAGCGAAGCUUACGAGGGCGACAACGUCAUCAUAUUCUGCGAGGUGGUCGGCGAUCCAAAGCCCGAAGUCGUUUGGCUGCGCGAUUUUCUGAAUCCGGAGUACUACAAGGACGCGCCCCACUUCCGCCGCAUUGGAGAGGGUCCCGAGUACAGAUUAGAAAUACCCAGCGCCAAGUUGGACUUCACCGGCACCUAUUCCGUGAUAGCCAGCAAUUGCCAUGGCGAGGCCAAGGCUGUAAUAUCGCUACAAAUAUUCGCCAAAGAUAUUCUCAACAAAAGCCGCAUGGAUAAAGUGCACACGCGACAUGGCAACAUCGAGACCCUUCCCCGAUUCGUUCGCAACUUGCGAAACCUGCGCUGUUGCGACGGGGAUGCGAUAUCGCUGGAAUGCCAUGUCGAGGCCGAUCCGGAGCCGUUCAUCAUCUGGGAGAAGGAUGGGCACGUGGUGCCCAGCGACCGGGACUACGUGAUGUCGUUCGACGGGACCAAGGCCACGCUGAGCAUUCCGCGCGUGUAUCCCGAGGACGAGGGCGAGUACACGUGCGUGGCCAAGAACUCGGUGGGCCGCAGUCUCUCCUCCGCCUGCAUAAUCGUCGACGUGCCCGAGGAGAAGGAGAACAUGCUGAGUCGCCAGCUGACGCGUCCCAGUGGCCUGCUCUCCGCCCACUCCACUCCGCGCUCCACGCCAAGGUCCACGCCCGCGAGGAGCUUCUCUCCCCUGCGCCUGUCCUAUCGCACCAGCAGCAUCGAUCUGAGCGGCGUGGCGGAGCGGAGGCGAAGCGACGCCCGAAACGCCAUCACGGCGCCCAAGUUCCUGGCCAUUCCCUACAACCGAGUCGUCGAGGAGGGCGACAGCGUGCGCUUCCAGUGCGCCAUCUCCGGGCAUCCCACUCCGUGGGCCACCUGGGACAAGGAUGGCCUGAUUGUCACCCCCACGCCGCGCAUCGCCGUCAAGGAGAUCGACGACCUUCGCAUCAUCGAGAUCGACGAGGUGUCCUUCGACGAUGCGGGACUUUAUCGGGUUACGUUAGAGAACGACUUCGGGCGAAUUGAGGCCACCGCCCGCUUGGACGUCAUCCGCAGUUCCCGCUACUCAAAGUCGCCUUCUGUGAGAAGUGUUCGCGCCUCCUCCUCCCGCCGAAAUGCCCACUUGUACAGGCGCAUCAUGGGUCCAUCCACAGCAAUUGGCGGACGCAUGGCUCUGGCAAGUGGGUAUCGGGGCUCUUCGGUGCCCUCGGUGAGGUUCUACCACAACAACGUGGAGCUGCAGGCCUCGGACCGCGUGCACAUCCUGCUGCGGGAGGAGGAGUCUAUGGCCCUGCUGAUCGUGGACAACGUGACGCGAGAGGACGAGGGCCUGUACACCUGCAUCAUCAGCGGCGACCACGACCCCCUGAUCAGCUCCACCACAGUCACCUUCCACGAGCCGAAUACGGAAAUUCUGAGGCGGCGAGCCGUCAUUACGGAACCACUGCCCGAGAUUACGAAGGCACUCGAGGGCGAGGUGAUCGAUCUGAGCUGCGCCAUCGAUUGCGAUCAGCCCUACAGCUACGUGUGGCUGAGGAAUGGCGAAGUUCUGCCGGACAGCGCUGAGUUCAAUUACAUUGAUCACGGCAAUGGACGCCUGUGCCUGCGAAUCAACGACGCCUUCGACAUUGACUCGGGCAUUUACAGCUGUCAGGUGUUUACCUGCGAAACCAACGACUCCACCAACGACUCCACCUCCGACUCGGACUCCCUCUCCGUCUCCUUCUCCAGCGGAUGCGAUUGCAGCAGCAGUGGGGAGCUGUGUGUUGUGGAGCGGGAUCUGCGACAUCCGGACGAGGAGUGCGUCCAGCUGCUGAAGUCACCUCUGCCCGUGGUCUGUGGUUCCGGCGAGGAAGCCCUGUUCUACGCCCGUGUUUUCCCCUGCGAAGCGGAAGCCGAGUGGUAUCUCAACGGGCAGCUAUUGGCCCAGGCGGAUGACUCACCUAACAUGACGUUGGAGUCAUAUCCCGAGAACGGCAUUCGGCUGCUGCGCAUGCGUGACGUCACCGCUUCGAGGAGCGGAGAAGUGUGUCUGCAGGUGAAGCACCCGCAGGCGGAGUCGCGGCGCAUCCCCGCCACCCGCACCUACACCAGCCUCCUGGUCCUGCCCGCCAUCAGGGGCAACAGCUCCUGUUCCUCGCUGGCGGCCAGAAGUUGCAUUUUGACACGCCCCGAGGACUGCACCGCCCUGAUCGGCGGACAUGUUCGGCUGAGCGUCCGCUACGAGCCAUUCCCGGGCACCAAAGUCAUCUGGUACAAGGCGUGCCAUCCCAUUAUCGAGAGCUCCAAUGUGACGAUCCGGACGACUGGCCAACAGUCGACGCUCUACAUCACGGACAUCUCGGCGGAUGACAGCGGCAAGUACACGGUGGAAGUGAUGAACGACUACGGAGUGGAGGCCUCUGCCGCCUCGGUGGCGGUGGAAGGACCUCCGGAGCCACCAAGUGGCCAACCCAGCGUAUCCCUGGGACCAGAUCGCGUGGCUGUGGCCUGGUGUGGUCCACCCUACGAUGGCGGCUGCAUGAUCACAGGAUUUAUCAUCGAAAUGCAGACCAUUGGAGAGGACUGUGAUAAGGAUGACUGGCAGCAGGUGACCCGAGUGGUGGACACAUUAGCUUACACCGUUAAGAACCUCCAGCCACAGAUGCAGUACCGAUUCAGGGUCAGAGCUGAGAACAUCCACGGACGCAGUGAACCCGGACAGGCCAGUGAACUGGUGCAGAUCACCAGCAAGCCACAGAGGACAGCAUCGGAUGCCACCGACCACUUUGGCCAGUCGGUGAGCGUUCAGUCCGGCGGAGACUUCAAGUCCCGAUUCGAGAUCAUUGAGGAGCUGGGCAAAGGGCGCUUUGGCAUCGUCUACAAAGUGCAGGAGCGAGGACAACCGGAGCAACUUCUGGCCGCCAAGGUGAUCAAGUGCAUCAAGUCCCAAGACCGACAGAAGGUGCUCGAGGAGAUCUCCAUCAUGCGAUCGCUACAGCAUCCAAAGUUACUCCAACUGGCCGCCUCCUUCGAAAGUCCAAGGGAAAUUGUCAUGGUGAUGGAGUACAUCACUGGUGGCGAACUAUUUGAACGGGUGGUGGCUGACGACUUCACCCUGACCGAGAUGGACUGCAUCCUGUUCCUGCGACAGGUGUGCGACGGAGUGGCCUACAUGCACAGCCAGAGCGUGGUGCAUCUGGACCUGAAGCCGGAGAACAUCAUGUGCCACACCCGCACUAGCCACCAAAUCAAGAUCAUUGACUUUGGCCUGGCCCAACGGCUGGAUACAAAGGCUCCCGUCCGCGUUCUCUUUGGAACCCCUGAGUUUAUUCCUCCAGAGAUCAUCAGCUACGAACCCAUUGGUUUCAAGUCGGACAUGUGGAGCGUGGGCGUCAUCUGCUAUGUCCUUCUCUCGGGUCUAUCGCCUUUCAUGGGCGACACCGAUGUGGAAACCUUCUCUAAUAUUACAAGAGCGGAUUAUGACUACGACGAUGAGGCCUUUGACUGCGUUUCCCAGGAGGCCAAGGACUUCAUUUCGCAGCUGCUGGUCCAUCGGAAGGAGGAGCGCCUGACCGCCCAGCAGUGCCUGGAGUCCAAGUGGCUGUGUCAGCGCCACGACGACAACCUCAGCAACAACAAGAUCUGCACGGACAAGCUGAAGAAGUUCAUCAUUCGGCGCAAGUGGCAGAAAACUGGCAAUGCGAUUCGAGCGCUGGGUCGCAUGGCCAACUUGUCGGUGUCGCGAAGGAACUCGGCCAUCGCCAUGGGAGCACUGAGCAGUCCGAGGCCCUCGAUCUCCGGUCUGAGCAUGCUGACCGCCAGUGCGAUGGGCAGUGGGAUGAGCAGCCAGAUGAGCUCGCUGCACGAGGAGGAGGACGACUUCAGUGCGGACAUGCCGCCGGUGGAGAAGCGGAGUGUCCUCAAGCUGCGGGACAAGUCGCAGUGCAGCGAACGCAGUGAUUCCGGCUACAGCGAGUGCUCCAACUGCAGUGGAGCCCAGGAGACGCUGCUGCUCUCGCUGGCCAAGUCCAAGCUGGAGGCGAUCGCCAAGGCGAGCACUGCCCCCGCCGUUGUGCAGGACACGGAGCAUCCGAUCAGCCUGGAACUGCCCACCAAGGGCGAGGCCAUCAUGCGGUCCGACUUCACCAACACGAUCAAGAUGCGCAAGAAGUCACUGGAGGACAGCGCCGCGCGGGAGAAGCCCAAGGCCAAGGCCCAAGUGAAACCCUUGUGUGAGUCCAAGCUGAAGGUGUCCCAGCUGAAGGACAGGUUCCAGGUGUCCCCUGCUCCUGCUUCUGCGUGCGCUGCUAACCCUGCUAAACCCCCGCUUCCCCUUGAGCCCUUCAAAAUAGCCAAGGUGGCGAGCGUGGGCCGCAUCAGUAGAACAGAGGAACCGGGCAGGAGCCAGGCAAGGGUCGCCGGACCACCCAGUGGAGCCUCCAAAGGGAAGCCUCCCCAGGUGCGGUCCAUGCCCUGCUCUCCACUGCCCCAGAGAUCCGCCACGCCGACGCGGCUGAUGAGCCAACGGGUUCGCGAGGCAGCCGAACGACUUGCCCAACAGCACACGGUGGCCAGUGCUCGGCGGCAGAUCGUUGGCAAUGGGAAAGGCAAUGGCAACAGCAACAACAACACCAAUAACAGCAGCAACAACAAUGGCAAUGGUAAUGGUAAUGGGAACACGGCGGAGACAAAUCGCGAAUCACGCGCACGACGUCUCAUCAACCGAUUCAACAACGAAACGCAGCAUAUCACGUCCUAGAUUAAGUCGGCCAGAUGCCGACGAAACAUAACUUUAUUGCAGUUACAGACAUAUAUAGCAGAUAUAUAGCAUUGUUUAAGCACAAAAGAAACCCCAGAGAAACUCAACGAACACUCGAAUAUGAAGCGAUUUGCGAAUGCGAAGCGAUUGCGGAUCAGAACGCACCCACCCAGCAUCCAGGAUCCUCAAUCCUUGAUCCUAAGUCCACAAUCCACAAUCUACAAUCCACACACACUCACACGCACACACCCACUCACAGUAGGAUAUAUCGCCCUCCAGUCAGAGGAACUGUACUUAGGCUAGAGGAAGCUAAGUGUUUAAAUUAUUGUAUCGAUUUAUAUACAUAUUUACCGUACUAAUUAAAGUUAAUGUAACGAAA